AGUCUUUGUUUGCGCGAAUAGAAUAUAGCGCAACUCUCUGUUUAUCGGUAAGAAUGUAAUCAGCAAAUACAUGCUUUAUUAUAAUUUAUUUCAUGCGUUUGAGUAUAAAAGCGUAAAACUCUCUCAGACCUUUCUUAGUGCGCAUUAAAUUGUCGCGCAUAGAGUGUGAUUCGUAAAAUUAAGUUCAAAUUGUAUGGAAUAAAAUGUAUUCGUAUAUAUUUUUGUUGAUUACACUCAGCGGAAUACUUCUAUCGUCGGCCGAUGAUGGAAGCUCUGUUGACCUCAAAACUGCCCCAAUCAACGCUACAAAUACAAGAUCGAUCGCUACAUAUGCAUUUGAAAGUGGAUACAAGCAUUAUCCAGGAGUAGGUAUAAUCAAGUUUCACCAUACUUUGGCCGACUGGAAUGAGGCUAGGGAAAUUUGUAUCACAGAAGGAGCUCACCUAGCCGUCAUCGAAUCUGCCUACGAGGAAUCUAUAAUUUCCGAACAUCAAGCCAUAAAUGAUAUAGUAGCUUCCUGGAUCGGCCUUCACGAUCAAUUCAAAAGAGAAAGCUGGGUUGGAGUAAUGGACAAACAAAUAGGUUACGCACACUGGAAUCCAGGGGAGCCAAAUAAUGUUGGUGGCAAUGAGCGUUGCAUCGAAUACGAAAGAACGGGCUAUAACGACUUGACUUGUAGUGAGAAACGUAUGUUCAUAUGCAAAAUUAACUUGUAGCAGGUCCUACUCGCUAUUUUUAUUUUACUAAAAGCAUACCUUGUAUACUUCAAUAAACGAACAUUAUAUAUAUAUAUUCAAAA